CUUUUCGCAGUAAUUCCCAAUGGAGCAUGAGAUCGCGAUCGGGUUGUGCUUCUGUUUUUGUUUUUGUUUGUAGUAUACACCAAUUUUUCAGUAAAGUUACUAUUGACAUUCAGUACUGCAAUAAACAAUAGACAUUAAACACAAACACUAAACAGUAUGGUAGUGCCAGUGAGUAAUAAUGGUAUUAGUCAUAGUCAUAAUGAGACAAAGGAAGUCUUGAGUGAUUUGUAUACUGUAAAACAUAAAAUACGUGUGGAUUCCACUCUUACAUCUAUUAAGAUAUCUCCUAAUGGUAAAACAUUUACAUGUUGUUCAUCAGAUAAUAUUAUAAGAGUAUAUGAUUUAGUACUGGGACAGAAAAUAGCAUCAUUAAAGGGUCAUACCAAGGGAAUUUCAGAUAUUGUAUAUUCUCCUAUUAAUUCAGAUAUUAUAGCAUCAUGUUCAGAUGAUUUAACUAUUCGAUUAUGGUCAAUAUCAAAGAAAACUUGUAUAAAAAUCCUUAAAAAACAUACAUAUCAUAUAACUACAAUUAAAUUUACAUCUAAGGGUAAUAUAUUAAUUAGUGGAUCUGCCGAUGAAACCAUAACUAUAUGGGAUAUAACAUCUGGUAAAACUUUAAAAACUUUAGCAGCUCAUUCUGAUCCAGUACUGUCAUUAAGUUUAACUCCAGAUAGUUCUAUUAUCGUAAGUUCUUCAUAUGAUGGAUUAAUGAGAUUAUUUGAUUUGGAAUCUGGUCAAUGUUUAAAAACUUUAACAUAUAAUAGUACUAGUCAUGGAACUGCAACUGCUUCAACAAAUGAUGUACUUAAUUUCCCAAUAUCUAAUGUAGAAAUGUCACCUAAUGGGAAAUAUAUUCUUAGUUCAAGUUUAGAUGGACUUAUUCGAUUAUGGGAUUAUAUGGAUAAUAAAGUUUUAAAGACUUAUCGUGGAAUAGAUAAUCGACCUAUUAGUGAAAAAUUUAAUUGUGGUACUAGAUUUAUUACUAGAACUUCAAAUCCAUUAAUUGUUUCAGGUUCAGAAUCCUUAGGAUUACUCAUAUGGGAUCUACAAUCAAAAAAAGUUGUAUAUCAAUUACAAGAUUCUCAAGAACCAGUAUUUGAAGUCGAUAUAUAUGAAGAAGGUAAGAUAUUGGUUAGUUGUAGUAAAGAUGGGAUAAUUAAUGUGCUUGAAUUGAAUCCCAAAUUCUUGGGAAUAACACAUGACGUGAUCUACAGAGAUGAUACACCAUUUACACCACAUGAUACCAUAUAGAUGCUAUAUAAAUAUUAGUAGUUAUAGAGUAAUAUAUAGUAGUACUAGUAGUUUAGUAUGGGGCCCCGAUAAAGAGGGAAAGGAGGGG